AAAGCUAAAAAGCAGGCUAGCGCGCUGGAUUGGUUUUUAGCGGCGUGCGCAGGCGCCGCAUCGCUGCUGCAAAGACGUAUCAUUGGAAGCGAUACGCGAUGUCCAAGGACACAGCCACAGCUAAGGACACGACCACCAAUGAGUCCGCCUUGCCGAUGGCGGCGCUCGCCGGCGCCGGCGCCGCGCUGCUCGCCUUGGUGGCCAUCCCGGCGCCCUUCCUGCUGCCGGCGCUGCGCAAGCAUUGUUUGCCGUACGUCGCGGCGAACGCGCAGCAGCUCGAAUUGCUCGAAAAGGCCUGUAGGAGGCGCGGCGUAGAAGGCGCGGCCAAACGAAUCGUGGACCUGGGCAGCGGCGACGGCGUCGUCUGCGUGGAGCUCGCAAAACGAUUGGGCGUGGAGGCUCGGGGCGUCGAACUGAACCCCUGGCUCGUCUACUACUCAAGGUACUCGGCCUGGCGCGAGAACGUGGGCGAGCUCUGCACGUUCGAGCGCGGCGACCUCUUCAAGGCGGACGUGUCGGACGCGGACGCCGUCGCGCUCUUCGUCGUCCCGGCGAUGAUGGCGGAUCUCGAGAAAAAGCUCGCGCGGGAGUUGCCAGCCGACGCGUGUGUGUUAGCGGCGCGCUUCCCGCUGGCGACGUGGACGGAAACACGCCACGAGGCGCACACAAUCAAGUCGCGCGGCUACAACGUGAACCAGCUCUGGGAGUACGAGCUAGAUCCUGCUGUUGUCCGGGCGCUGCGUGAGGAGCCGUCGUCGUCGCCGCCGCGAUAUAACAUUGUUGAUUUGUCCUUGAUGGGUGCGGGUAUUUGUGAUUUUUGCAACCUUUGUGCGCGGCUCAAACGAGCCGCAUCGAUCAUUUGGAUUGAGCAGAAGACUGUGGUGCAACAACUCUUUGGGUGACGAGCCGCUGCAGCAAAAAGCAGCAGCCGUAACAACCCAGGAGCAUUUUGCACACAAAUCACAGCACUGCAAACGCGCUCCUACGCAGCGAACGACCGGCAAACGCACCGCAUAACUGCAGCAUCAUGUCUUCCCAGCAGUCCACGCCCACGGCGCACGCCACGCCCCUCGCCUCGCCCGGCGAGGCGAGCCCGCGGCGACGGCGCGGCGGCUCCUUCGGUGACUCUUUGAGAGGCACGCCCGCGCCCAACAUCUCGCCGCCGGCGCGCGCCACCGUGAAGUCGUCGCGGCGCAAGUCCGGUAGCUUUGACGAUGAUGAUGAUGACGAAUCUGGGAGGCGUUUAGAUUUGGCUUUGUUACCGCGGGCGUCGCGGCGGAACUUGCAACGGCAGAAGCGCGCACGCGUCGUAGAAAUGCACGCCAGUGGCAAGCAAACUACACUCUUUUUACGAAUGAGGGAGCUCCAGCAGCUCGUGCGGGACGCGGUGCCGAAGGCGCGGCAUCCGUCGCAAACGGAUUUACAUAAGCGCAAGGCCCACAACGCCUUGCACCCGCGAGAUCUACGGGCCGUCGACGCGACGAACCCGCACGCCUGCAAGAAUCCGAGCGUGGUCGUGAGACAACAUGUGAUCGUGUGCAAUUUUCCACCUUUACGAUGCGUCGUCGUGUGGGAUAGAUUACUCGCCUUACUACCGGCGGACGACCACGAGUUGGCGGAUGAGUUGCAGAGACAGCUCGCGGACCAGCUCUACCCUGACACUUCAGCAAAGCCGGUCGCGACCUGUGUGGAACUCAAAUUCUCGCGGCGCCUCCGCCACUGCUGAAUCAUGGCCUCUACGCCAUCGACGCGACACCUGCUCGACGGCGUGGAUUUGUCGGUUCCUCACCGCUCGACGGACGGCACCCGACUCACCGUUUGAUUUGCGCACAGGUCUCCACCGACGACGUUAAUACUAGUAUAGAGGAGAAUGAGUCCUCGCAAUCAUUACCGGAGCUGGACGACGAGGCGCCCUUCGAACUAAGGGCGUUGGAAGCGGUUCUAAGGACUUGUACUUUGAGACUCGACGCGGCUUGCGAAGAAGUGGAACCGGUCGCGGAAGAAACGAUGCGCGAACUCCAAACAGCUAGACAAGUAGCAUUAGCUUCCCUGGAAAGGUUACGCCACGUCAAGAACGCCGUCUCUCAUCUAGAAGCGAGGACGCGCGACACGGCCGAAGCGUUGGAGGCGAUCCUCGACGAGGACGAGGACAUGUGCAUGAUGCGUUUAUCUUUACUCAGGGAGCGGCCGCGGUUGUUCGAUCCUCCUAUCAGUCCUGAGUUACUGACGCAGCAUGAGGACGUCGAAUUGCUACUCGAAUCCUAUCUACAGGAUGCGGAGGCGGUGCAAACGAGGCUGGAAUUGAUCCGACUGCGUAUUGAUAAUGCGGAAGAUCUCUUCGGGAUGAAGCUCGACCUCGCGCGAAACCGGUUGAUCACGGCGGACACGAUCUUCACUUUAUUGGGUAUGGUGGUGGGCGCCGGGGCCAUGGUCGGCGGGUUCUUCGGCAUGAACCUGCACCAGGAGAAGAGCUCGUUCGUCAUCGUUUGUGUGGUCACUGCCUCUGCAUUGAUGCUGUCGACGGCGUUCGUCUUCUGGUAUCUGGUGCGGUCGGGGACGCUCGUGCUGGCGUAAUAUACUUAAUGUU